AUGCAGCUUCCCACAGAUGGUUCCUACGAAGGGGAGCUGGCCAGCAGCAUCCUUCUUGAAGAGGGAGAUGCGCCCAGCAGACCAGAGCUACCGGGACUCAGAAACCCUCUGCUCGAGCCGUGCCCACCGUUUUUCACCAGCGGUUUAGGUGGCUUGGACGAAGGCAGAGGCAGAGCGCCUUACCAAAGGAUUGAAGAGCCCCCCCACAGAACUCCAACCAGGACGCCCUCGCCGGUGUAUCAGUACGGCGGCGGGGUUAUCAAAAGUUUUGGUGAAGCUGAUGGCAUAGGACUCCCUCCGGCCAAGAGUGCUCCAGCACCACUGGGCACGCCGCAGAGGAUACCAGAAGGCAGUGCCCCGGCCCCAGGUCCCAGCGGAUCUUCUGGCGGAUUCUCGUCCUAUGCUCCGAUGCAGACUUUGUGGCAGGGCUUGAACCAGCCCCCGCAGUACUACAACAUGCUAGUUGGCAAUCCAGCUGCGCCAGGUCAACCUUCGGCGCCAGCGAGACCAUCAGAACCAUCCAGCAAGUCCGUAACACAGGUACCUCAGGUACCUGUUGAUGCGAACAUGCUGUCCAUGAUGAUGAUGCAGGCGCAACAGCAGCAACAGCAGCAACCAACACAACCGCAACCACCCCAACAGCAACCUCAGCCACUGCAGCCGCAACAAUCGGCACCGCAGCCUGCGGCACCUGGACCCGGUCCGAAUGCAUUCGCGCCAAUUGCGCCGCUGAUGCCUUCUGGACCUUCAACUUCCCCUCCAUCUGCUCCUCCACCUGCACCACCGGUGCCAAGGAAGCCAGAGCGGCCAGAGCGCGAGUCCAAGGAAAAUGUCUUGAGCCCCAGCCAAGCCCUACCUCCUGGACCCCAGCCGCCAAGACCACAACCCGUCGCCCCAGAACUGAAGAAAGCUAAAGGACGAAGAGACAAGGAGCCUAAGCACGCUCCGCAGCCCCAGCAGCAUGAACCCGGCGCCAUUGCACCAGGGUCAGCCAGCCUGAACAGGGCUUCAGACAAAGGAGGCACGGCAUGUGCAAGCAUCAGCAAGUCAGCAAGCCACGUUGACCUCCCUGGCCCUGAGGCGGUAAAGGCGAUCGACGAAGGCGGAGUGCGGGACACGUUGAGGCAACUCAACGAGCAGAGCUUUGACCUCUUGAAAGGGGUGCCUGGAGACGAUCGAGCUGCGAGCAAGCUGAGACCGCAGGCCACGAGCCCGCUCAUUGAGCAUUUGAAGGCACGAGAACGGCUUGUCGAUCUUGCUGAGCUCGCCGGGCAUAUCAGCGAGAUCGCCCAAGACCAGUAUGGCUCCAGGCUGAUACAGCAGAAGCUGGAAGUGGCAAAUGAGGAGCAAAAGCAAUUGGCCUUCAAGCAGGUGCUUCAGAAGAUGUCGCAGCUGACAACAGACGUUUUCGGCAAUUAUGUCAUACAGAAAUUCUUUGAGUAUGGGACCUCUGAACAGAGAAGAAUCCUUGCGGAGCAGCUGGUUGGGCAAGUCUUGAAGCUCUCGCUUCAGAUGUACGGGUGCCGGGUAGUGCAGAAGGCACUGGAUUCGGUUCCGAUCGAGCAGCAGGUUCUCCUCAUUGGUGAGUUGAAGGGUCAUGUGAUCAAGUGCAUUGAGGAUCAGCAUGGCAAUCAUGUUAUCCAGAAAUGCAUUGAACGCCUUCCAACUGACCGGAUCGGUUUCAUUGUUGAUUCUUUUGCUGGUCAGGCAGCUCGAAUGGCUAAGCAUUGCUAUGGCUGCAGAGUUAUCCAGCGGCUUAUAGAGUAUUGUGCUUCGGCCCAGAUUUCGGCACUGCUUGACGAGGUGUUGGGUUGCUGCAUGGAGCUGGCGACGGACCAGUAUGGCAAUUACGUUGUGCAACAUGUUAUGGAGCACAGCAGUCGACCUGGUGAUCGACAGCAGGUGAUGACGAUUGUUCGCAAGAACAUUUUGUCACUUUCUUGCCACAAAUACGCCAGCAAUGUCAUUGAGAAGGCGUUGCAGUGCGCAACACCGGAGGAAAGAUCGCACCUGGUAGAGGCAAUAACUGGCCAGCAGAGCGAUCCACACCCACCACUUCUUGUCAUGAUGCGAGACAGGUUUGGCAACUACAUAGUUCAGCGCGUGAUUGCUUUGGCGCAAAGUCCUCAACGCGAUUUGCUAUUUUGGAAGCUUCGGGAACACAUGCCGGUUCUCAAGAAGUCCAACACGUACGGCAAACACAUUAUCUCAGCCCUGGAAAGGGCUCAAACAAGUCCAAAGGACUGA